GUACCUACUGUCUGUGCACCUGUAAAGCGACUCGGUGGCAAGAAAAAAGGAGUGACUACAUCUUAUAGUAUAAAUAAUCGAUAUAUAUAUAUAUAUACAUAAUGUCUGCCAAGCCGGGUGAAGGACACCCGACAAGGAUAGCUAAUAUAUGGCUACCUCUUGCAGUGGUUGCUGCGAGCUGUUUGUGCUUGUGGAAGGUUUGUAGAAUAUGUUCCAUUGAGGUUCAUCCAAAGUGCGUCACGGUGGUGUACGACAGGCGUCGCAAGACCAUUUUUGCCACCUCCGCGGAUAGGGAACGGAAACGUGGUGAACUCUCUCGUGCUAAAUACUAUAACCCUUUGUACUACCUAAGUACUUUUUUUAUGUCUAUCAACCAUUCUAUGAUCAUGAUCCCGCCAUCUUCUUUCUAUGGAGCCUUUACCUUGCCUAGAAGUGUGCUUGAACCACCUGGUGAGGCUGUGGAAUGUUCCAUUAAAGAUAUCAAAGCCUCCGACGGCGCGGUGGAGAUGGUCUUGACGAUUCGGUACGUUAUUCCUUUUGAUCAGUUGGAGCGGUACCUUGCAGCGGUAGGUCCACAGCCUCCAAAUCAGGCCAUAGCUAUAGCAGCUGCUCAUGUAGCCCGCAUUCGUUGCGCAGAUAUCUCCAUUGGGAUAUUGAUAAGUCUAACACGGCGGGAAGGGGUUUUCACUAUGGUCUAUCGCAAUCAUUUAGCCAUGAAGCUGAUGUCUGAGCUUGCUGUUAGGUUGAUAGACAUGAAAAUCGAAAAUGUGGAACUCCUUUAGGGAUUUUAUAUACAAGAAGAAAAACGAACUGUUUGAAAAGUAUACAAUUUUUUUGCUUCUAUAAUUUACACUUUUCUGCUUUGUGCAGUACUUUUGUAAAAUAUUUAAGCGAUCAAAAGACGA